GCCGUUAACAUCAGGAGCUUAUUUGCUCUGUGGAUAUCUACACCUGGGCAAUCUAAACUUUUUUGGUCGCUUUCGAUCCUAAAGUUUUCUUAAAAAUUGUACACACUGCUGCUGGGCUGAGCCUCCUGUGGAUUUAACUUUUGGAUUUCAUCUUCACCAUUAUUGAAACAUUUGUUAAAAAUGUCCCACCCCAGCACUCUUGAUCUGGACAGAUACAGCAACCCAGAGAAAUCUCGCCGCUCCACCAGCAGGAAUCAGCCCAGGGCCUCCCAGGCAAAGACCGGGGAUGUUUUGUGUGACUUUUGUACCACCAGGAAGCAGAAAGCAGAGAAAUCCUGCUACGUGUGCAUGGCAUCCUUCUGCGACGUACACCUGCAGUCUCACUACGAGUACCCGGCCCUGAUGAAGCACAAGCUGGUCAAAGCCACAGGUCAGAUGAGGGAGAAGGUGUGCGCUCAGCAUGACAAGCUGCUGGAGGCUUUCUGUCGCACUGAUCAGACUUCAGUGUGUGUUCUGUGUAUGAUGGACGAACACAAGCACCAUGACAUUGUACCAGCUGGAACAGAGAGGACUGAGAAACAAAAGCAGCUUGGUAGCACCCUGCACAAGUCUCAACAGAGGAUCGACCAGAGAAUUAAAAAGUGGCAGGAGCUCCGACAAGCUGUUGAAUCAGUCAAACACUCUGCUCAGACGGUUCUGGAGGAAAAUGAGCGGAUCUUCACUGAGCUCCUGCUCUCCAUCGAGAGAAAGUACAACGAAGUUAAGGAGAUGAUUCGCUCCCACGAAAGGACCACAGUGACACGGGGCGAGUUACUGCUGGACCGCUUGGAGGAAGAGAUCACUCUCCUGAGGAAGAGACACAACGACCUGGAGAAGCUCUCACACACCGACGACCACAUCCACUUUCUACAGAGUUGGCAGUCCCUGUCAGGCCCCUCAGGAUACGAAGACCUCAACAGCAUCAACGUCGCCCCUUAUUACUCCUUCGAAACGACCAAGAGAGCCAUCGCUUCACUCAAACUGCAAGUUGAAGAAAUCAGCAAGACAGAAACGAGCAAAAUCUCAGAAGCAGUACGGGAAGUCCACAUCACGGAAGAAGGUGAGACACAGUCGAGAAGGGACUCGAUUCUGAGGGACGAACUAAAGCUGAGAGAUGAACCAAGAAUAAGAGAAGAACCGAGGACAAGAGAGGACUUCCUACAAUAUGCCUGCCAGCUGAUUCUGGAUGUCAACAGUGUUCAUCCCAACCUCCACCUGUCUGAGGGAAACCGAACAGCUACUAUGAAGAAUGAUCCAAAGAACUACCCUGAACACGCUGAACGAUUUGACCACUGGCAGCAGGUGGUGAGCAGGGAUGGCAUUUCUGGAUCUCGUUGCUACUGGGAAGUGGAUUGGAGAGGAACUGAGAUAGACGUGGCCGUCACCUACAGAGGCAUCCGUCGUAAAGGAAAUAGCAAUGAUUGCAGCCUGGGCUGGAAUGACAAAUCCUGGAGUCUGUACUGCAGCGACUCCAAAAUGUCCUUUGUGCACAAUAAUAAGAGCAAAGAUAUCGUAGCUCCAGUGCCGUCUCGUAUCGGCGUCUACCUGGAUCAUGCAGCAGGAGUACUUGCAUUUUACAGUGUCUCUGAUGGCAUGCAGCUUCUACACAGAGUCCAGACUACUUUCACUGAACCUCUCUACCCUGCAUUCAGUGUUUGGGGCUUUGGUACGACUGUAAGAUUGUAGACUGAAGUUUCUUUAAGUUCCAUCAAAUUGCAAAAGAUACUGAAUAUUACUCAGGAAUUACACUCGCUUGUUUCAUGUUGUCAAUAGUGCAGAAUCCAAUCAUGUAUGAUGUCUUUUAUGAUUGGCUUUCAUUUGAAUGUUUUGCUGUAUGAUUAUUGCUCAGGGGUGGUUUAUCAGUUGUACAUACAGAAUUAUGCAGUAAUUAAAUACAAUGUUAACUGCUGAUCAUUCUAUUUAUCUAUAAUCUAUAUCUUGUUUUUUUCUGUCAUGUUGAAGCAAAGUUUCAUCACAUUUCUGCCAUUUAAUUCUGUCUGUGAA